AAAACUGACUCACAACACAUAAACGUCAAAACAAUUUUAUUGAUGUUGUUUUCGCAAGAAAAUGAAAAAUAGGCAUCAAUUCCGAAUAAAUAUCGAAAAAGCGACAUAGCGAAAUGAACUUUUCGUUUUGGUGGAUCGUAACCUAUUAUUUUCGUUCAGCAGUAAAAUGGUUUUUAAGGAAAACAACCGGUUUAUGUGAACUGCAAAGAAUUUGUUAUGGUGAAAUCAGAGGUCCCCAGAGAACUCAUGCAAUCGAACGGUCAUUGUCUCUGUCCAAACACAAGCACAUCCAACAACUCAUACUGCAAUUGAACGACAUAUCCGGCAAAGAAGAAUUUUUGGGAUCGCAGAAGAAGCAGGUGCUGCAUGAUGCUGUUCGAGCAGUGCUGUUAGCAAAACAGAUCAAUCCAAGAAUACAUAGACAGUUCGUUAUUAACAUGGGGCAAUGUAUAGAGCAUAUAUGGGGUUACAAACAACUUAUUUCCGAGGUGGAAAGACUAAGGACAACGCAAUAUGACUGUGAUAAUAUCGAACACGAAACUCAAUUGUACAACUUGUGGAGAAUGUUGAAACCUGAUGAAGAAUUAGAAGGUAGAAUAACGAAGCAAUGGCAAAACAUUGGUUUCCAAGGUGAAGAUCCAAAAACGGAUUUUCGAGGAAUGGGCCUCUUAGGUUUAGAAAAUUUAGUGUUUUUCGCAACAUUUUACUGUUCUGCAGCCCAGCACGUACUUACACAUUCUUAUCACCCGCAGCACGGAUAUUGUUUUGCCAUAGUCGGUAUCAACUUGACCAGUUUGGCAUGGACUUUAUUGAAAGAAGGUUGCGCAAAGAGUUACGUUUAUAACAAUAUAGAAAAUGAAAUUUCUCUAAAAAUGUUUCAUCAUUUUUAUUGUUACUUAUUUUAUGAAUUCGAUAGAUUUUGGAUGGAAUGUAGGCCCAAGGAUAUUAUGGAGUUCUCAAAUAUUAAAAGUAAAUUUGAAUAUAACAUUAGAAAUUACCUGAAGGAUCCUAACAACGAUUUUCGAAUUGGUGUAACUGUACACAAUAUUUAAUUUAUCUCACGCGCAAUGUUUUUAAAAUCAAUAGUCACAAAGGAUUUAUCAAUGAUUUUAGAAUGUACUUAAAAAUUAAUUUAAAUUUCACAAAAUUGGGG